AUGCACUGGAUUGGACAAGCCUGUAUCCGCAGACCGAGACGCUUCACUAUCUUGCUUGGUACCAGUCUGUUACUUGGUGUGUCUAUCUUGUUGGUGGUGUCGCUGUUGAUGCGUAUACCAUCCUCCUACACACAGACGGAGGACAACUACGAGGAUCGCGUACUCAACUCCUACUGUCGCUUCUCCAUGCUAAAGUCGCGUAGCCAACUGCAGGCCAUGGCACCGCCGGUCGGAUGUGUGUUCCAGGCUGGCGAGACCAAUGGCUAUGACUGCACGCCCGCCUCACCACAUCGCGCACAGAGCUAUCAUUACGAGUUGGAGCUGGAGCCUGGCGCCAUUGCCCCAACAGCCGACCCGUUCACAUGCUCCAGCCCCGUAGUCACAGUGAUCAUUCCAGUUUAUAACACAGACACCGAGCUCCUGCAAGAGACCGUUGUGUCCUUGGAGCGCCAAUCACUUCAAGCAUUCGAGGUCAUUGUCGUUGAUGAUGGCUCGUCCGAUCUGGCGCUCAAGAAGUUCAUCCAGCGAUGGAAGGAACGCGAUGGUCGUGUUUCUGUGCGAGCACAUAGCACCAACAGAGGACUAAGCGCAGCGCGUAACACUGGUGUCAAGUACUCCAAGGCCUCAUACAUCUUCUUCCUGGACGGUGAUGAUAUGAUUGAGCCAACCACACUGGAGAAGCUUGCCUGGAAGCUCGAGACUUCGCCACACAUCAGCUUUGCCAAGGGCUACACCAUUGGUUUUGGACAGAUGCAGUACACAUGGGACAAGGGCUUUGAGCAAGGCGAUGCGUUCAUUACCGAGAACCAGGUUACCGCCACCAUCAUGUACCGCAAGGAUGUGUUCAGUCUCCAAUCAAGAUCGUUAUCAAUCAAUCAGAUGUCGGGCUCAUCAAUGACACCUACAUUCUUUGGCUUUGAUGAACGUAUCACUGGUGGAAUGGAGGAUUGGGACUUCCUGCUCAAGUGUGCCGAGCGUGGCCUUUGGGGUGAGACCGUGCCCGAGUACCUCGACUGGUAUCGACGUAAAGAUCACAAUGGAUCAGUCAACGCAUGGUCCAACUUUAACAAAGAGAAGCGUGAUGAGCUCAAGAAUGAAUUCAAGUUGAAGUAUCCCAUCAUCCAUGCCAACUCCAUCCCCAAGAUUGAGAAGACCGAGAAGGAGUAUCACAUGGACUCCAAUCUGAACUUUAACAAUCAAAUCAAGAAGGUUAAGCCUAGGAUACUGAUCAUCGUACCUUGGUUCAAUACUGGUGGUGCAGACAAGUUCAACCUGAACCUUGUCAGUCAGUUGAUUGAAAAGGGAUGGGAAGUGACCAUCGUCUCAACAGUGGCCUCUGAGAAUCCAUGGCUGGACCAAUUCAAACAACACACAACGGAUAUAUUUGUACUGAACAACUUCCUGUCAAUGUAUGACUUCCCAAGGUUCCUUUGCUACUUGGUAGAGUCCCGACGCAUUGAUAUAACGUUGGUAACAAAUAGUGAGGUCGGUUACCUGUUCAUGCCAUAUCUUAAUGAACGUUGUCCAUACUCCACUGUUGUGGACUACGUUCAUAUGGAGGAAGAGGACUGGAAGAACGGUGGCUUUGCCAGGUACUCACUAUCGAUGCAGUCACAACUCGACCUGUCCAUCGUCACAUCCGAUCAUUUGAAAGAGUGGAUGAUCAAGAAGGCUGCCCAACGAUUCCACAAUCAUCAUCAUCAGAGUGGCAACUCAAUGGCUGAGAACAGACAGAAGGAGCGUCAACAUGAACAGUACUCCAAGAUAUUGAGCGAGCACAUUGAUGUGUCCUACGUCAAUGUAGACACAUUCGACUUUACAAUGGAUGAAGCUGAUCGCGCGACAAUCCGUUCACGAUACUCAAUUGCACCCAAAGAUGUAGUGCUUUUGUUUGCCGCACGACUAACGCCACAGAAGCAGCCAAUGGUCGCGCUUGAGGUGUUCAAGGACCUCAUGCUCAAGAAUGUGACCUUCUCCGCGUUGGUCAGUGGCGAUGGACCGAUGCGCAGCGAUGUCGAGGAGUACCUACACCGCAAUGGUAUGGUGGAGGUGGUCAAGAUGCUGGGUAAUGUCCCCGUGUCCGACAUGCCCUCAUUGAUCUCGGCCAGCGACAUUGUCUUCCUCCCUAGCAAGAUGGAGGGCAUAUCUAUGCUCUUCUACGAGGCCAUGUCAUCAGGAGUCGUGCCUGUGGGCGCCAACGUGGGUGGUCAGAGCGAGCUGGUGACACCUGAGGAAGGCAUCCUGAUUGAUCGCUCCAAGCUACAUCACGCACGCCAAGAGAUUGACCAGUACAGCCAGGCCCUCGAGGGACUGAUCACCAACCCAUCAAAGCUGAAACGCAUGGCGGCCAACUGUCGCAGCCGAAUCGAUAAGCUGUUCAACAUGGAUGUGAUGGGCAAUAGAAUGAUCUCACUCUUUUGCAAGGCAUCCUACAACAAACAGAGCAAAGAGCGUGUCAACGAAGACCCUGUGCAACGACUGCUCGGUCAUCAUGGCGUGGGCCUAGAGAUGGCAUUGCAAUCAAUCGAGUCGAUGAAGUGGCAGAAGAAGUCCGAUGACAUGUGGAGACAGUUGGAGAACUACAGGAAGCAGUUUGAAGGCGAUCAGUAUGCUCACCAACAAUGCGAGAUGGACCGCGAGUCGCUGACCAAGGCCAAACAGGAAGUGACCAAGUGUCAACAAGAGGUGAUCAAUCUCAAGGAGGAGUACAAUCAGUAUGUCAAGGACAACGAGAACCUCUUUGGCCGAUACAACAACAGCAACAGCCUGGUCACGCAAGGUUAG